AUGCUUCAUUGGGCAGUGUUAGCAGCCCAGUUGGUCAGGUGCUUUCAGACGUACAGCGGCUGGCUGGCGUACUCUUUCUUGGCACAGGCCAUCCAGCUGAAUGUCAUGUUGUUCAUGUUCAACGUCUUCUUUCCGAUGUACCCCAUGGACGGCGCAAAGCUCAUCGUUUGCUCGCUGCAGCUGUUCUGUGGGGCCUCGGCGAAGUGCGCUGCCAAGGUUCUCCUGGGGACGUCCAUUCCGCUCGCAAUCCUGUUCAUUGGGCACACCCUCUUGGGCUCGCAUGGGGGCGGACUGCAACCGGGCAUCACGGCGUACAUGGGAAUCAUGUGCCUCAUGGAGUCUUACAGGAUCUACCAGCUCUACCAGGAGGAGCGCCUUCACACGCACCCCCUCUUCGAGCUCGCACGCUCCGACACGGUGCGCAUGGUGGACAGCAGCGGUCCAGCAGCCAGGUUGAACAACUCGGAUCGCGACGACCCGGAGGCUCCACGCAAUCCGCAGGUGCAAUUCUCCGAGCUCAGGGCCUUUGCUGGAGAGGGCCGCUCCCUGAACUACGAGGCCCAGCCCGACAGCCAGCCUCAGACCCUGGGCGCUGGUCCGGGCGGCCGAGCCGCCUGGUUGAAACGCUUGGAGCAGGAGGGCGCCAACCGUGGCAAGACCGUCCGCGAACUGGAGGAGGAGCGCCUGAGCGCCAAGAGGUGA